GUGUCGUGGGUUCGACACCGAGACAUCCACCUUCUGACUGUCGGGCGAUACACGUACACGAGCGACCAGCGUUUCCAGUCCAUCCACUCGCCACAGACAGAAGACUGGAUGCUGCAGAUUCGCUACCCACAGAGGAGAGAUUCUGGCUUCUACGAGUGUCAAGUGAGCACCACACCACCUGUCGGCUACUCCAUGUACCUCUCUGUGGUGGAGCUCUUGAUCAAAUCCACGACCUCCACAAUGAUGGCUGCAGGUGUGGAUGGAAUUCUCGGACCAGCAGUGUCCCUUCUUAAUAUGUUUGUAACAGAUGCAGAUUUUGACAAGGGAUGGACCUUUAGCAUGGGAUUUAGUAGGAAGUAG